AUGAUACCAGAAGAGGGACCUGAGAGGGCCAGAAGGGAAGUCAGAGAGAAAGAGGAUAGAUUUUUUGGAGAGAUUAACCUCACUCUCGGCAUGCUGAACAAGGAAGAUAAUAUUAGCAAGGAAGACAUUUAUGGUCAUCUCACUUCCGUUAUUCAGAAUACUGACAUCUUGGACCAUGCAACUGUCCAAAGGCUGAUUUAUUACGCUUCUAAGGACAUGAGAGACGACAAUAUCCUCAGAGAAAUAAGAAAGCUAACUGGGGAGGUGUUGGUGUCUCUCGCUGCACAUGAUUUCAACUCUGUGAUGUAUGAGGUACAAAGUAACUUCGGGAUCCUGGAGCUACCAAAUGAAUUCGUGGUGCUUGCCCUGGCUGAACUGGCAACGAGCUACGUGUCCCAAAGCAUUCCCUUCAUGAUGAUGACCCUGCUCACCACGCAAACCAUGCUCAGGCUGGCGGAGGAGGAAAAGAUGAAGGGAGCCUUCUGUAUCGCCCUUGAGAAGUUCAGCAGAGCCAUUUACAAGUAUGUCAACCACUGGAGAGACUUCCCCUACCCCAGAUUGGAUGCCAGUCGCCUCUCUGACAAAAUCUUCAUGCUGUUCCGGUAUAUCAUGGACAAGUGGGCCGCCACGACCUUGCCCACACAAGUUUUGGCCAUCAUUAAGGCUCACGGCCCCACAGUGAGCCUGCUGCUGCAUCGGGAAGACCUCCGUGAAUACGCCCUGGGCCAGGUCCCUUGGCUCCUGAAGCAGUAUAAAGACAAAGAGAUGGAUUUCCACGUCACUCAGAGUCUAAGACAGAUAUUGACCGUGGCAGUCCUUUAUGACGUUAGCCUUCCAAAGGCCUUGAGGAAGACCAUCUUUAUCAAUUUACUCCACCAGGUGUGCAGAGUUCUAGAUCCUCCAGUAAAGGAAAAUGAAAUCGAAGCUUCAGACUGUUUCCUCAUUCUAGCCCAUUCCAGCCCUGCAGACCUGAUAGAAUUUUUUGAUGAACAAAUGAGAAGUAAUAAUGAAGCCACUCGAAUGGGAAUCUUGACUUUGUUAAGAUCGGCUAUCAGUGCUGAAGAGCCCAAGUUGAGGGAUCACAUCACUUGAAUAGAAAAAACAGUCAAAGUCGUCAUGGGCGACCUCAGUAUUAAAGUGAGGAAUUCCGCCCUUCUCCUCAUCCAAACCAUGUGUGAAAAACGCUACAUUGAAGCCCAGGAAGGCUGGCCACUGAUUGACUACAUCUUCUCGCAGUUUGCAAUGUCCAACAAGAAUCUGAAACCAAUAAAACCUAACUCCCAGGAGACCGAAAAGGGAGAGAAAUGUAUCCAAGAAACAAGCCUGGAGGUCUUAAAAACCCUGGACCCACUGAUCAUUGGAAUGCCUCAGAUGCUAUGGCCAAGAAUCCUGACUCUUGUGGUACCUGCGGAAUAUACGGGAACGCUGAAAUACCUGUUUAAUAUCAUCAGAAUUCUGUUUAUGGCAGAGGAGAGGAAGAAGAAGAAUGCCAAGGACUCAACAGCACUUGUCAUCUCUACAGGAGCUGUGAAACUUCCUUCACCACAACAGCUACUGGCCAGACUUCUGGUAAUAUCUAUGCUCGCCAGUUUAGGGAAAUUACAUGGGGUCGGUGCAAUAGGACUUUUGAAGAUAUUGCCUGAGAUAAUUUACCCAAAUUUGGUAGAGCUAUGGAAAACAUGCAUACCUGAGCUCCUGCAGCCUCUGGAAGGAAAGAACACUAGUAUCGUGCUGUGGGAGACCAUGCUGCUUCAGUUGCUCAAAGAGCCGUUAUGGAAGAUCAAUGACGUAGCCUGGACCAUUCAACUGAGUCGGGAUUUCAACCAGCAAAUGGACAGUUACGGCAACACCUCUGUUGAGAAGAAAUUUCUUUGGAAAGCCUUGGGAACCACCUUAGCAUCCUGCCAAGACACAGACUUUGUAAGCUCACAGAUUAAGGAUGCUCUGGCUGCUCCCAACCACCUGGGGGAUCAACGCCAGGGAAUAACAUCUAUCUUAGCAUACUGUGCCAAGAACCACUUUGAAAUUGUUUUAAAAGUUCUUAAAACAUUCCAAGAUCGGGAAAAGUUUUUCAUGAAUCGAUGCAAGGGUAUUUUCUCUGGGAAAAAGAGCCUGACCAAGACUGACGUCAUGGUAAUCUAUGGAGCCGUGGCCCUCCAUGCUCCCAAGAGGCAGCUCCUCCCCAGGCUUGAUCAAGACAUUGUAUCCCAAGUCGUUUCUUUUGGCCAGUGCUCUCAGGUUCUGGGCAUGGCUGUGAUGAACAAGGACAUGGAUCUGCAGAUGAGUUUUAUAAGAAGUAUCACGGAAACUGGCAUUGCUGUCCAAGAUGCUGAGGAUGAGAAGUUCAAGUUUUCCUACAAGGAGGUGCUGCUGAGUUACAUGCUGGACUUCAUCAGGGAUGAGCCCCUGGAUUCCUUGGCUAGCCCUGUUCGGUGGAAAGUCUUAAUCGCCAUCAGAUACCUCAGUAAACUGAAACCUCAGCUCUCACUGAAUGACCAUCUUAAUAUUCUUGAGGAGAACAUUCGGAAGCUGCUGCCCCUUCCACCUCUGGAAAAACUCAAAAAUGAGGGCAAGACAGACAAGGACACGGAGCACAUUCAUUUUCUCUACGAACGAUCCAUGGAUGCUCUGGGGAAGCUGCGGAGGACCAUGAUGUGGGAUAACGUGAAAGCAGAGGACUGUCAAGAAAUGGUCAACCUUCUCCGAAUGAGGCUUGUUUCACAAAAAGAGUGGGAAAGGGAAAGAGCCUUCCAGAUCACCGCGAAAGUGCUGACAAACAAUACUGAGGCACCAGAGAACUUUAAAAUCGGCUCACUCCUCGGCCUCCUGGUUCCUCACUCCUGUGACACCUCCAUCCGCCAGGCGGCUGCUAGCUCGGCUAUUAGUCUGUUCUGCAUAAAAGGCAUUCGCCUGGAAGUGGAAAGACUACAGGAUUUGCAGGAAGGGCUGCAAUGUGAUGAUGUGCAGGUCCAGAUCAAGAUUUCCUCCAAAAUAGCAAAGAUUGUCAGUAGACUCAUUCCAAGUGAAGAAAUGCUCAUGUUCCUGGGGGAAACCCUGGACGGUCUGGAGAGCCUCAACCCCACGUGUACAAAGGCAUGUGGCAUCUGGAUGAUCACUGCCCUGAAGGAGCAGGGAGCAGCUUUAGAAGAUCAGCUGUUGGAGAUCUUGGGCAUAAUUUACCAUCACAUGCCGGUCCUCAGACAAAAGGAGGAAAGUUUUCAGUUUAUGUUGGAAGCCAUCUCCCAAAUAGCCAGCUUUCACACGGAUGCAGUUGUUGCCAACCUUUUACAGAAGCCUCUGCCCUUUGACAGUGACACAAAGACACCGUGGAAGGCUCUGGCUGAGAACCCAGCCUCCAGUGGCAAACUCUUGCGAGCCUUAAGAGACAAACUGGAGAAUGAGUUAGAAGAUGACCUCCCGGGGACAGAGGCGAUCUCCGUGGCCUGUGCAAUUUGUGAAGUGGUGUCGACAGGCACCCCUGUCGCAGGCCUGUACCCAAAGCUGUUCGCCCUUUUCCUGAAGCUGGUCAGCUGCACACUGGGCCAGAAGAUGCCCACGUCGACCCUAACCCGCCGCCGGCGGGUGAUGCAGCAAGGGGAGCGGCAGAUCGCAGACCCCUGCAGGCUCUCAACUACAACUCUGAAGUGUGUGCAGGCCCAGGCCACGAAAGAAGGGCUGGCCAUAGAAUCUGACGACGGGGACAUGUGGACCCUCCUCAGCAGUCCCAGUAGGCACCACAUAGGAGUCUGUGCACUGGCCAGGAGCAUGGCAGCGUGGCAACACAGACUCAUUCCGGACAUCACGGAACAACUCUUCCCAUCCCUGACCUCCUCCUCGGAGAACUACCAGAUAACGGGCGCAGCUUCCUUCUCUGAGCUCAGGAAGGAGCCAAUCCUUCAGAAGCACGGGAAUCUACGGGACGUGCUGAUCUUGAUGGAUCAGAGUGCCUGGGGCUCCAACGCCAUUCUGAGGCAAAUGGCCAUCCGAGGGCUCGGUAACAGCGCUUCUGGAGCCCCUCACAAGGUAAAAGGACACAAGCAGAUAAAGUUAGAAUCUAUCGUCAGAGGCCUCUAUCACCUGGCCCGCACCGAGGUCGUCUGUGAAAGUUUGAAGGCUCUAAAAAAGAUCCUGGAGCUGCUCACAGACUGAGAUGUAAGCUUCUACUUCAAAGAAAUAGUGCUGCAAACAAGAACCUUCUUUGAAGACGAGCAGGAUGAUGUGAGGCUGACUGCCGUCCUCUUAUUUGAGAAUCUGGCAUCCCUAACAGGAAGAAGGUGGAAGAUUUUUUUUGCUGAAGAAAUAAAAAAGAGCAUGAUUUCGUUCCUUCUCCACCUCUGGGAUCCCAAUCCCAGGAUUAGAACUGCUUGCCGUGAUGUCCUGAUCAUCUGCAUUCCUUUUCUGGGCCUCCAGGAACUCUAUGGGGUAUUAGAUCAUCUCCUUGAUGGUCAGGAUCUACCAAGGGCCAGGGAUUUCUACAGGCAAUUCUGUGUGAAGCUGGCAAAGAAAAACCAAGAAAUCCUGUGGAUCCUCCACACACACUCAUUCACCUUCUUCAGCAGCAGCUGGGAGCUGAUCAGGAGCGUGGGCACCAAACUCACAGAUGCCAUUGUUCUCAAUUUGACCUACCAAUAUGUGGAGUGAAUAGACAGAGAACAGCUGACCACACGGCUCCAAGCACUUCGAAAAGACCCCUGUAUGAGUGUCCAGAGAGCAGCCGAAGCUGCCUUGCAGACCCUCUCGAGAAGGUGCAGAGAGAUGAGCAUCCAUCCGUAAACCAUCAGGGAAUAAACCGCUAGGCCUUUUCUAUAACUGACUCUUGUCUUCAUCCUCAUAACUCCCAAACUUGCAACAUCUUGAGGAACGAGACGGCACCUAGUGUGGGGAUGUUGAAGUGGUGGUAUCUUCCUUACCCUCCAGGCUCUCCCUGGUGGCUUCUGUUAGCAAAAACCACGCCCACCAAUUCACUUGAGGAAUAACUUGUGAUUUGAGCGGUGACAGCCCCAUGGCUUUGCAUAGGACAGCCCUCUAUCUUGGGAAGCUUACAUCCCAGCAGAUAUCAAAAAAUGACAGAACAUGAAACAAUUCUGCCGCCAUUAAGAGGAGAACCACUGCCAUUUCCCACACGGAGCCCUUUUGUCUCAUAUCUUUGCCAGCUUUGGCUUAUUACUCACACUCUUUUCUCUCUAAAGAACAGUCUUACGACAAACUUUAACCUGUCUGUUCUUAAGUUGUAAUUUACGUGUCGAGACUGUGCCCGGUACUUUUCUACAAAAGCCCCUUUCUGACAUUCUAUUAAAUCUCAUAGUUUCCUUUCCAUUUUUAUCCUAGAACAUUGAUCCCUUUGAACUGUGUGUAUGCGGGUGCGCAUGUGUUAACCUUCGUAGCAUCUGAACAAUAACUCUUCACUCUUUUUUCACAAUGCACACCUGAAAGGUUACAUACAGGCAAUCAUGUACAGACAAAGAAGUUUCUAACACAGAGCCUGGGACUCAUUUAACACCACCGCUUUCAGGAUCAUACAUGAGCAACAUUAUUUUUUUGCUAUUAUUUUUAUCUUAUUGACAUUUAAAUUUCAAACACUGAACUCAAGUAUAUGCUGGCCCUUUGUUCAGAUUUUUGAAAUAAAGAUAAAUGGACAGACAGCUUUAAGGGUGCAAUGUAUUUAACAUUGCAUGUUAAAUAAUUAGAGAAAAUCUAAGGGGUGGCAUAACUAUAUACCUUUAUACAUUUAGUAGCACAAGUAUAGGGACAAGCCAUGCAAUUGGAGGAAAAGACCUGUUCAGGACUGAACAGAGAGGUCCUUGGCUGCUGACAGAAUCCCCCCUUAACUUCAGACUUGAGAAAAACCAGGAGUCUGUCAGUAUACAAAAACCACUGAAUUCAGGACAAACAGUAACAGGAUAUUAAGGAAUUGGCUCUAGCCAGUUGGGAUUGUGGAGGCCAGUCUGAAGUAAGCAGGGUUGGCUGGAGGCUGGAAAUGUUGCAGCUCAAGUCGAGGAUCUGUAGAUUACAACAGCAGUCUAGAGACAGAAUGGUUAGUGCAUUCUUCAAAGAUCCCCAGUUUUCCAAACAAGUUCUAGGAUGCUUUACUCAAACAGCGGCAACUUAUUAAACUGAUGUUCCUCUUUAUAAAUCCCUAUUACCUAUAUUCUAACCCCUUCAUCCCCAAGCUCUUUGGAAAAGCAUCUUUUCUUUCUACGAAACAUUUUAAGAACCAAAGGAAUCUUUUAGGUCAGAGAUUUUAGGCCAGAGUCCCAUUUAUUCAUUCACUUAACAAAUAUUUGUUGACUGCCUAUAAUCUACAAAGCACUGUUAUAGCCACUGGGGCUACAAUCGUUGAGGAGAAAAAUUCUACCCUCAUGGAGCUUAUACUCUAUGACAUCUGUGUAGAAAUUCCUCCUGUUGGUUACGUACCCCCCUCCCACAGUGAACAGAAAUGCCCUGUGCAAUCAAUACAACAGUUCGGAAGUAACUGUAACUUCCAAGCCAAGGUCAUCGUAUUGCACUCUCUUGAAUCACUCACUCUGGGGGAAGCCAGCUGCCAACAUUAGGACACUCAAGUGGCCCAAAAAGAGGUCCAUGUGGCCAAGAACUGAUGCCUCCUGCAAACAAGCAGAGCUAACUUACUAGGCUCGUUAAUGAGCCAUCUUGGAAAUGGAUCCAUGAGCCCCGGGUAAAGCCUUCAGAUGACUGAAGCCUCAGUUGACACACUGACUGGAGUAUGGGAUAAAAGACAGACUGCCCAAUUAAACUUGAAUUUCAGGUGAACGAUGAGUAAUUUUUUUAGUAAAAGUAUGCCCUGAUUAUUGCAUGCGGCACAGU